CAAAAGAAUGAGCACAAAAAGAGAAAAAGACAACAGAAUAAUGCUUAAUUCCUGCAUUGUCCUCUUUUCCUUUCCUUCAUUUUGUUCUCCCCAACAAAAUUGGCAGCCAUAGCGAAAGAAGCAGAAUUUGAAGCAUUUCGGUCUUUUCUGGGGUCUGCGCCCUUUCCUUGUCUUUCUUUUCGUUUCAUUUUUUUAAAAUUUUUUUUAACAUCCAUUAGUUUCAGAGACCAAGAUCCCACAUAACUACAAACUUGUGCAAAUCGUAUUUUUAUUGAUCGCAUCAGAAUCAGCUGUCAUUAAUCGGAAGAGCGUUUCACACCCAAUCUCAGGUUUACUUUCUAUGAUGCUGUGGAAUAAAGUUGUAUGUUAAAAUGGAAGCUAGCAUCAGUGGGAGCUCUUCUCCAACCCAUCCAAAAUGGAGAAAAGUUGUUUAUGGUGGGAUGCAACCUGGCUUUGGUGACAAUCACACAGAUGAGUCCUUCCUGGAGGAAAUGAUCAUGAAUGCUAAUGUUGUCAAAAGAGACUUAUUGAAGGUGGUGCUUGACGCAGUUUCAAUCUCACAAUAUCUUUGCAUUGUUGCCCUUGUGGUUUUAGUUUGGACCUACACCCUCAGAAAUACCUUGAAUGAAAAAUAUCUCUUACUCUUGAAUGUCAGCCUUCUUGGUUCGAGUUUCUUUAUUCUGCUCUUAACUGCGGACAUGAUACCCUUUAAUCUCCUCCUCAAUUAUCUCCUAAAGAAUACCUUCUUCAUAACUGCCUUAUAUAUGUUGUCUCCUAUCUACCAUACACUUACUAGGUCCAUAAGCUCGAAUUCUAUAUGGGCACUCACAGCUUCCCUUCUCAUACUCCAUCUCUUCCUUCACAAUUACUCAGGGUCCACCGUAAAGGCUCCUGGAGCUUUAGAAAAUCCAACCCUGACAAGCAAUAUAUCUCUGAAUGCGUCAAUCGUGGCUUCACUUUUGAUUUCUUCUCGCCUUCCAUCGAGGCUUCAUGUCUUUGCUAUCGUUCUAUUCUCAUUGCAAGUUUUCCUCUUUGCUCCUUUAGUCACAUAUUGUGUCAAGAAGCGUUCUUUUAAGCUGCAUAUUUGCUUUUCCCUUCAGUUACUAGUUCUAACGCUAAUUUUCACUUACCAGUUGCAUAAGCUGCUUUUCAUUUUGCUUUUGGGAAUUUUUGUCUUCGUCAAUUUGGUUUGUCCUUACUGGCUGAUAAGGAUUCAAGAGUACAAGUUUGAGAUUAAUGGCCCCUGGGAUGAGGCUAAGCUCUGUUUUAACAUUACAGAAUGAACAGGUUAUAUUGUUAAGCAUCCCCUUUGUAUUCAAAUCUCCUGGAUACUCUUGGAUAUGUAACUCAUAUAAGUUUUCACUUCAUUAAGCUGUUUGUCUCUUUUAGGUUAU